UGUGGUUAACUCGCGGCCUGUGACGUUUCACACGUUAGCCAUACGUUAAAAUUUGCCGACAUCGUGUGUGUGUGUUCCGGAAUUUUUGUACGUUGCACGUUGUAGAGAGAAAAAAUUUGUACAAACCCUAUAAGAAAAAGUAAUACACAAAACGACAGUUCCAUUCGUUGGUUCGAACAAAGUGGACCUGUUAAGAAGUCCAAAAACACGUGAAUUUUCAGAGUUACCGUUUUUCCAAUCCACCGUCGUCAAAUGUAAAAGUGGGUCGAGAUGUCGUCCUAUCGGUCACCCAAAAGUGGUACACACCACUUGCGUCCGCCCAGCACUAGUACACCGUCUUUGUUGAAAAAACGUAACGUUGCUGCGUUAAAUAACGUGCCCAAGGCAAAAGUACAGUUUAACCUCGUCGAAAAUUUGAAGGCGCUGCUCAUCAGCUUCAACCAAAACGUAGACAAGGAAAAACUACAGUACAACAAUUUAAUCUGUAACAUCAGGGAUACGGGCAUCGAAAUAAAGGAUGCCGAGCUGAUAAAAUUACUCAAAGACGCGAGGAAUUGUAUCAACAUAUUGAACGAAAACCUGACGCUGUUUGUUAAAGUUAUAUUGGUGUUGAAAUGGAUGAACAGAAGCGAUGAAGUGGUCAACGAGUACCGCAAGUUCUUAUUGGACGUGUGUUCCGCUCAUAACUACCAUACGAAAUUCGCUAUAGAACAGCUUGUGUCUUGUUUUUCCGAAGUUAACAGCCUAGUAGUAGAUCGUGUCAACGGAAUGCCUAGUGAAGACGAAGAAAAAGGCUAUCAAAAUGUACACAAAACUCUUAGAGAUCUACUCAAAGUGAUUCCCUUAGCAAAAGACAUCCUAAUGGCUGCGUUGCAGAAGAAAUUCCCGUUCAAGAGAAAUAAUCCUGAGGCUCAUUUGCAUUAUAUACACAAUUUAUUCAUGAUAUUAGACUAUGAACCGUCGUUGAGGAAAAACAUUCUUGGUCUUAUUAUACACAAGCUAGUAGAAAUUGACGCCCACAUACCCAAAGAGGAACUCGAUCGUCUAAAAAAUUGUUUGACCGUUGAAACAGAAGAUAUUUUCGAGAUGGACAUCGAUGAAGCCAGUAUGCAGGCUGAUCCGGUGAAAAGAGAGGCUGAAUGUCUUUUACGGACAUUAGACUUAAGUAUUCUCAGGAUAUUUGAAUUUUUUAACUUGUCUUGUCACGAUAAGGACGGAAUAUUAAUAUGGGACAACACUAAAUCGUUGUACCAAGAUUUGUUAGCAGUAUUUGAAAGUGAAAUAUUACCUACUUACGCAAGUAGUCAUAUCCAAUACAUAGUUUAUUACUUUGUCAGCUUUAAGGCGACGUUGUCUGAGAAAUUUAGUAAUUAUUUGUGGAAGAAAUGUUGCGAUAUGUCAGCGCCUUCGACUUUACGUCAAGCCGCUGCCGGUUAUCUAGCCAGUUUCUUGAGUCGAGCUCCAUUUGUUUCCAUCAACGUUUUGAAAACGGCGUUGAGCGAUUUGUCAACAUGGUGCGUUAACUAUAUCAACAGAGUAGACAAGUCUGUAAAAGUGGUCAACGAAGAACUGCUGCGCUGGCACGCCGUGUUCUAUUCCAUGUGCCAAGCGUUGUUCUACGUAAUAGCUUUUAGGCAUGAAGACCUGAUGGAUAGUAAAAGAAAUCUUAAAUUCAUGGAAAAUUUGAACCUUUCCAAAAUAGUUACAUCCCGGCUGAGUCCUUUGAGGAUAUGUUGUUCGAAAGUGGCCAAUCACUUUGCACACAUUACUAAAACCUAUCAACUCACGUACUGUUAUACCGUCAUGGACGGUCACAUUAGGGUAACCGAUCAGGCCAUUAAAGAGCAAUGGCUUUAUUCGUUCUUCCCGUUCGAACCUUAUGUUCUUCCUAGAUCAAAAGACAUAAUAAUGCCAAAUUUGUUCAGAGACUUUGGUAGUAAUUUAAACGGCAGCUCUACGAUAGAAGAGGACGAAGAGAAAGACUCAUCCCUCAUUGAAAAUAUGGAUAUUAGUCCGAGUUUUUUGACUUCAAGUUCUCCAGCGAAAACCGAUUGGUUACGCCAACUAAUUAGUCAGCAAAACCCGUGAUAUCACUGUCUUUAUUAUAUUGUGAUGUUAUUAAUAAAAGUAAAAAUUGAAA